GGCUUCGGGUCCUCUUAAACAGGGACCGUUGGUAGGACGGUGACUGCUGGGCGCCGCUUCCAUCUGUUUUCGGCCAGAAAUCGAGGACCCCCCCCCAUGUCCUUGCCCGCCUCCUGCCCUCAGAGAACAAUCUGGGGUGCACACGGUGCCGGGUUCAAAUCCUGCCCCUCACAAGAGCUAGAAGGGGGGGGUACAUGUCUCCCCACUGGGGCAGCCUGUCCACUCUGUCCACAGCCUCUUCAGAGCCGGGCACUCCUGGGUCAGACGCCUGAGCUGGACAGCCCGGGCGUGGCCGGAGCCCCUCUGUUUUAUCUAAAAUGGACCCUUCCAGCCGGCAGCCUCAGCUGUGGCCUUUCCCCCUGCCUCUGCCAUUCCCGGCCCUUUUCUUCCAUGACACCUCGAGGCGCCGCGGCCUUUGGGAUGGCCUCAAACCGGUGCUGAGAUGCUGGGGGGGGGGGGGUUCUGGCGCUCCCUUGUGGGCUUCCCCGAGCACUUGGGCCGAUGCUGGGCCUGCAGGUAGGUGGUCCUUCCCCGGGGCGCAGGCAGCUGGCGAGCGAGAAGCUCCCCCAAAAGGGCCUAGGCAGGAGGGACCCCAGGAGGCUGAGUCAUUGGGAACCGGAUGGCGUUUUCUCUGGGUUCUAGACUCCGGCGCUAGGGACGGGGCAUGGGUGGGAGGAGCGGCUCGGCCGGCGGCCUCGUGCGCAGGUGCUGACUCUUCUCCCUUUUUCUCUCCUCAGCCUUCUGUCGAGUCUUCCAGCCCAGGAGGUUCAGCCACGUCGGACGACCAUGAGUUUGAUCCCUCCGCUGACAUGCUGGUCCAUGACUUCGAUGACGAGCGGACAUUAGAAGAGGAAGAGAUGAUGGAAGGAGAGACAAACUUCAGCUCCGAAAUCGAGGAUCUGGCGAGGGAAGGGGACAUGCCGAUUCACGAGCUGCUCAGCCUUUACGGCUACGACAGUGCCGUGCGGCUGCCUGAGGAAGAGGAGGAGGAGGAGGAGGAGGAGGAAGGGGAAGAUGACGAAGAUGUCGACAACGAUGAGAACAGCGGGUGUAGCGGAGAAAACAAAGAGAACAUCAAGGACUCGUCAGGCCAGGAAGAUGAAACGCAGUCGUCCAACGAAGACCCGGCCCAGUCGGCGGCCUCUCAGGACGCGCAGGAGAUGAUCCGCCCGCGGCGCUGCAAAUACUUCGAUACAAACAGCGAAAUCGAAGAAGAGUCGGAGGAAGACGAAGACUACAUUCCAUCGGAAGACUGGAAAAAGGAGAUUAUGGUGGGCUCCGUAUUUCAAGCUGAAAUCCCCGUCGGCAUUUGUAAAUACAAGGAGAACGAGAAAGUCUAUGAAAAUGAUGACCAACUUCUGUGGAACCCGGAUUACCUGUUGGAGGAUAAAGUGAUUGAAUUUCUCAACGAGGCGUCCCGGCGGACAGGAGAUGAGAAAGGGGUGGAAGCGAUUCCUGAAGGUUGUCACAUAAAAGACAACGAGCAGGCUCUCUACGAAUUGGUGAAAUGCAGCUUCGACACGGAAGAGGCCCUGCGGAGGCUGCGCUUCAACGUGAAGGCGGCUCGAGAGGAGCUCUCGGUCUGGACCGAGGAAGAGUGCCGGAACUUCGAACAAGGGCUCAAGGCAUACGGGAAGGAUUUCCACCUCAUUCAGGCUAACAAGGUGCGCACGAGGUCCGUCGGGGAGUGCGUCGCCUUCUACUACAUGUGGAAGAAGUCCGAGCGCUACGACUUCUUCGCCCAGCAGACGCGCUUCGGGAAGAAGAAGUACAACCUUCACCCCGGCGUGACGGACUACAUGGACCGGCUCUUGGACGAGAGCGAAAGUGCCGCCUCCAGCCGGGCUCCGUCCCCCCCUCCGACCGCUUCCAACAGCAGCACCAGCCAGUCGGAGAAGGAAGACGGCGUGAGUAACAACACUCAGAACGGCAUCGCCUCCAACGGGCCCAGCGAAGCGUCCGGCAAGGAUGACCUGAAGGCCGAAGGGCUGCACCUCAACGGGCCCGGCGGGCCGAACAAGAAGGCCGGCCACGCCGACGCGGACACCAACGGCUACGAGGCGGAGCCGCUGGCCGGCGGCGAGGCCAAGGUGGCCCACGUGACCACCAAGAGCGAGAGCUACUUCGACGACAAGAGCGAGAGGCCGGCCAAGCGGCGGAGGGUCAGCAGCAACGGCAAGGAGAGCCCUGGCGCCGGCGAGCUCUUCCAGGAGGCCAACUCGCACGGCAAGUUCGAGGAGCUGGAGGGCUUCGACGACUGACCGGGGCGGCUCUGCACCUUUGGAGGCGUCUCCGGGGCGACUACAAUUUUCAGGGUUGA